UCCUGAUCUGUGGCGCAGUUUGUUGUCUCCGUGUGAAGCUCCGUGUGAAGGAAUUCCUUAAAAGGUGACAGAAAAUCAUUGAUGGAUUUCCGGUCAGGCUGACCUCAGAUCUGUCUGCGCAGCAUGGAUCAGUGUGAGGACAGAGAGGAGGGAGUCCCUCCCUCUAAAACCACUCUGUGUGGGGAACAUGAGAGCCAGACCAAAGCUCAGAGAGAAACACGUAGAACUAAACGUAAGUCUGAAUCCGAACCUGGACCCAGCUGUGCAUCCAUUGAGAGUGACGAGACAAAGGAUGACAAAGUUAAGAGAAGGCGUGCCUCUAAAUCCAAGAUCCAUCAGAGUUCAGACUUUCCUGAACCUGAACCCAGCUGUGUUUCCUUAAAGAGCGAUCAGUCAAAGGGCAUUGGAGAAGUUUUUAAAGGACAGCCUUCUGGGACAAAAAGGAUUCUUCAGAGGCCACAUUUACCUGGACCUGAACCCAGCUGCGUGUCCUUAAAGAGCGACCAGUCAAAGGGCAUCGGAGAAGUUUUUAAAGGACAACCUUCUGCAGUAAAGAGAGUGCACCAGGGGACCUCAGAGCCUCCCAGUUAUCAGUCCAUGCAGCACCAUAAAACAGACCCGGAGUCCAUAUUUAUGCUGCUGGAGGACGACAUCAUCACUUUUGUGAAACAUGAGCUGAAGAAGAUUCAAAAGGUUCUCAGUCCAGAUCACCCAGAAUCCUUGGAGAGACAGAACGAGGAUGAGGAGGCAUUGGAAAGUGAGGAUGAGAAGCACAGGAGCAGCAGCAGCAGAGAGGCUUUUCUGAAGAUCACACUGAACUUCCUGAGGAGAAUGAAUGAAGGGGAGCUGGCUGAACGUCUGCAGAGCAGAACACAUGGUGGAGCUUGCCGUGAUCUUAAAUCUAAUCUGCAGAAGAAGUUCCACUGCGUGUUUGAAGGGAUCGCUAAAGCAGGAAACCCAACCCUUCUGAAUCAGAUCUACACAGAGCUCUACAUCACAGAGGGAGGGACCGCAGAGGUCAAUGAUGAACAUGAGGUCAGACAAAUGGAAACGGCAUCCAGGAAACCAGACAGACCAGAAAGAACAAUCAGACCAGAAGACAUCUUUAAAUGUUCACCUGAAAGAGAUGAAACAAUCAGAACAGUGCUGACAAAGGGAGUGGCUGGCAUUGGGAAAACAGUCUUAACACAGAAGUUCACUCUGGACUGGGCUGAAGACAAAGCCAACCAGGACAUCCAGUUCAUGUUUCCAUUCACUUUCAGAGAGCUGAAUGUGCUGAAAGAGGAAAAGUUCAGCUUGGUGGAACUUGUUCAUCUCUUCUUUCCUAAAACCAAAGAAGCAGGAAUCUGCAGCUUUGAAGACUUCCAGGUUGUAUUCAUCUUUGAUGGUCUGGAUGAGUGUCGACUUCCUCUGGACUUCCGCAGAACUAAAGUCCUAACUGACCCUAGAAAGUCCACUUCAGUGAAUGUGCUUCUGAUAAACCUCAUCAGGGGGAAACUUCUUCCUUCUGCUCACCUCUGGAUAACCACACGACCAGCAGCAGCCAAUCAGAUCCCUCCUAAAUAUGUAGACAUGGUGACAGAAGUCAGUGGGUUUACUAGACCACAGAAGGAGGAGUACUUCAAGAAGAGAUUCAGAGAUGAGGAGCAGGCCAGCAGGAUCAUCUCCCACAUCAAGAAAUCACGGAGCAUCCACAUCAUGUGCCACAUCCCAGUCUUCUGCUGGAUCACUGCUACAGUUCUGGAGGAUGUGCUGAAAACCAGAGAGAGAGGAGAGCUGCCCAAGACCCUGACUGAGAUGUACAUCCACUUCCUGGUGGUUCAGGCCAAAGUGAAGAAGAUCAAGUAUGAUGGAGGAGCUGAGACAGAUCCACACUGGAGUCCAGAGAGCAGGAAGAUGAUUGAGUCUCUGGGAAAACUGGCUUUUGAUCAGUUGCAGAAGGAAAACCCAAUCUUCUAUGAAUCAGACCUGACAGAGUGUGGCAUCGAUAUCAGAGCAGCCUCAGUGUACUCAGGAGUGUUCACACAGGUCUUUAAAGAGGAGAGAGGGCUGUAUCAGGACAAGGUGUUCUGCUUCAUCCAUCUGAGUGUUCAGGAGUUUCUGGCUGCUCUUCAUGUCCAUCUGACCUUCAUCAACUCUGGAGUCAAUCUGCUGGAAGAACAACAAACAACAUCCCAGUGUUCUGAAACAACAAAAGAAACACAUUUCUACCAGAGUGCUGUGAAGAAGACCUUAAAGGAUCCAAAUGGACGCCUGGACUUGUUCCUCCGCUUCCUCCUGGGUCUUUCACUAGAGACCAAUCAGACUCUCCUACGAGGCCUGCUGAAACAAACAGGAAGUAGUUCACAGACCAAUCAGGAAACAGUCCAGUACAUCAAGGAGAAGAUCAACAAGAAUCUGUCUGCAGAGAAAAGCAUCAACCUGUUCCACUGUCUGAAUGAACUGAAUGAUCGUUCUCUAGUGGAGGAGAUCCAACAGUCCCUGAGAUCAGGACGUCUCUCCACAGAUAAACUGUCUCCUAGUCAGUGGUCAGCUCUGGUCUUCAUCUUACUGUCAUCAGAAGAAGAUCUGGAUGUGUUUGACCUGAAGAAAUACUCUGCUUCAGAGGAGGCUCUGCUGAGGCUGCUGCCAGUGGUCAAAGCCUCCAAGAAAGCUCUACUGUGUGAAUGUUUCCUCUCAGAGAGAAGUUGUGAAGCUCUGUCUUCAGUUCUCAGGUCUCAGUCUUCUAGACUGAAACAACUGGAACUAAGUAACAACAACUUGCAACAUUCAGGAGUAACACUGCUGUCAGUUGGACUGAAUAGUCAACACUGUAUACUCGAAACUCUCAGGAUGAAUGGCUGUAACCUUUCAGAGAGAAGCUGUGAAACUCUUUCCUCAGUACUCAGCUCUCAAUCCUCCAGUCUGAGAGAGCUGGACCUGAGUAACAACGACCUGAGGGAUUCAGGAGUGAAGAUGCUCUCCACUGGAUUGAUGAGCUCACAGUGUAAACUUGAAAAUCUAAGGCUGUCAGGCUGCCUGAUCACAGAAGAAGGUUGUAAGUCUCUGGUCUCAGCUUUGAGCUCCAACCCCUCCCAUCUGAGAGAGCUGGACCUGAGCUACAACCAUCCAGGAGAGGCAGGAGUGAAGCUGCUGGAGCAGCUGAGACUGGAAACUCUCAGGGCGGAGCCUGCUGGAGUCCGAUGGCUGAUCCCAGGUCUGAGGAAGUAUUCCUGUCAACUCACAAUCGACACAAACACAGUGCACAGAAACCUCCAACUGUCUGACAACAACAGGAAGGUGACACAUGUGUGGGAGGUUCAGUCAUAUCCUGAUCAUCCAGACAGAUUUGAGGACUGGUAUCAUCAACUGCUGUGCAGAGAUCCUCUGAUUGGUCGCUGUUACUGGGAGGUCGAGUGGAGCGGCAGGAUUGAUGUUUCAGUCAGUUACAGAGGAAUCAGCAGGAAAGGAGGAAGUGUUAAUUGUUCGUUUGGUGGAAAUGAUCAGUCCUGGAGUCUGAGCUGCUCUGAAAAUCGCUGCUUUGUCUGGCACAAUAAUGAAAAGACGUGUUUUUCCUCCUCCUCCUCCUCCUCCUGUGUCUCUAACAGAGUAGCAGUGUAUGUGGACUGUCCUGCUGGCACUCUGUCCUUCUACAGAGUCUCCUCUGACACUCUGAUCCACCUCCACACCUUCAACACCACAUUCACUGAACCUCUUUAUCCUGGAUUUGGUUUCAGGCCUGCUUCCUCACUGAGUCUGUGUGUAGUUUAGUGUAAAGAGUGUCCUCCUGUCAGAUUUGAACAGAUAGUUCAGUCUGUACAUGUCUGUCUCUUUCACUCACAAACACUUUUUCACAUUCAUGGAUUCAAUCAGUUGAUGUUUGAAACUGUUCUCAAUGA